AUGGCCCAAGCAUACCUCAUCUCAGGAGCAUCCACCGGCUUUGGAGCUCUGGCAGCGCAAGCCAUCGCCAAAAGAGGGCAUACCGUCUUUGCAGGAAUGUAUUCGCACAACGGCAACACCAAAGGCUACGAAGAAGCCGUUUCGCAAUUCGCUCAAGAGCACAAGGUGGACCUUCACGCCAUUCCCCUGGACCUCUUAUCCCAGGAUUCCGUCAAUGCAGCCGUGAACCACGUUCUCAAAUCAGCCGGCCGAAUCGACGCCGUCGUCCACAACGCAGGCCACCUCUGCUGGGGCCCAUCCGAGAGCUUCAGCGCAAAGCAGCUGCUUCACCUGUACGACGUCAACGUCGUCGGCUGCCAGAGACUGAACCAGGCCGCCCUGCCGCACAUGCGACGGCAGCGAUCCGGCCACCUCAUCUGGAUCUGCAGCAGCUCGACGUACGGGGCCAAGUCGCCCAUGGCUGGCCCUUACUUUGCCGCAAAGGCCGCCCAAGACUCUCUUGCGCAGUCGUACGCGCACGAGCUUGCGCCGUGGGGGAUCGAGACAACGAUUGUGCUGCCGGGGGUGUUUACAAAGGGUACGAAUCACUUCAUCGACGCUGCCAAGCCGGAGCUUGGGGAUGUCGAGGCGGAGUAUGAGGAGGGGCCUACCAAGGGGAUGGCGGAGGAUACGUUGAAAGGGACGGAGGGGCUGUUGCCGCCGGACGCGGAUCCGUCGCUUGUUGCGGAUGCGCUGGCUGAUUUGGCGGACGUUCCGAGGGGGAAGAAGCCGUUUAGGGUGUCGGUUGAUGCGGUGCUGGACGGGGGAGAUGUCGGUGCGGCGGUGGUGGAUAAUAACAAGGUGAAUGCCUAUCGACGGAUGGGGCUGGAGAGGUUUCUGAAGGUGCAGUUGUGA